AUGUGUCUACCAGCCGCGCGAGCUGCUGUACCCUGUGUGUAUCUCCAGCACGGGUUAGAGGGGCUGCUGGCGGCGCACGCCGCGGGCAUGCUGGACCUGGAUGGCGCGUUCUUGGCUGCGAAGCGCGGAACCGCGCCAUUAGGCCGUGGGCAGGAACCCGAGCCCACGGGGGCCCGGUUUCCCACCCUUCUGGAAGGGCGACAGGCAGCCCGGCCCCCGUUGCUGCCCGUGAACGGGAACCCGGGUAGCAGAGUCACGGAGUGGGAUGGCCACAGCAACCCCGAGGCUGGAGUACCCAGUGAUGGCAAGACAACGCGAGAACAGCAACUCAUACCCGGCGGCAACCGGCAACCUCAGCUGGGACAAUAUGGGCAUACCUUCACCCUGAAAGGCGCCCCACACACGGUGGCCAGCCCAGCGCUGGGGCAGGGCCACAGGGGCCAAGAGGCAGAGUCAGGCGGUUUGCCCCAGCUGGGAGGUAAGCUCCUCCUGGGUAACGUGCUCUUUGGACCAGUAGAGUCCAAUGCCUGUGGUGUGAGUACCCGCAAGAUUGAAAGGAUGCCAGAGCUGUGGCAGCUGCAACCCCCAUCCACGGAAUUGGGAGCCAACCCUGGCCGCCUGGCCGCCCAGGCAACGGCGGUGACAGUAGAGCGCCAUCACGAGACCCUCUUGUGUGCAAACACCAGCAUGGAUGGCACUACACAUACACACCACCUGGCGGACACUAUUGUGGGCGGCGUAUUAAUGUCCCUGGGCGCCCGAGCCCCGUUAACGAGUGUCACGAGUGUGGUGGAGGCAGUCAUCUGGGGGGCAGCAGAGCCCCUGAUCGGUGACCUCACGACAGCACUGAUGGGCCCAGUGGGUCUGUCAUACACCCAGUGGGUGGCCGAUCGCCUAACCACGAAGCUGCAAGAGUUGCUCGCCCCAUUGACCACUUAUUCCGCGACCUACGACGCGGACGUCCACACGGUCAGCAACAGGCUGGCCACCCUACUGGGUGGAUUAGAGAUGGCCGACUGCGUGUUAGGUCUGCUGAACCCGCAUCACCCCCAACUGGAUGCAUCGCAACGAGCAUGGCUACUGGCCGCAGAAUCCGAGCUCACCAGAAGCGCCAUAUGCGACGCAAGUAUGACUGAGGAAAUGUGGGCAAAAGGCUUCGGCCCACAACUGGGCUGCCUUUGGCGCCUGCUGGAGCGGGUGGACGAAAUGGUCAAACUUUUGCGACCAACACUUGCCGCUGCGAAAUUCCACAGCGGCUGGCAAGCACACGCACCCAGGAUAGCCCCCGGGCCAAGGGCUGGGAGCCUGCUGCCCUACCGCCCUCAUCUGCUGUCGCCAGAAACUGAUCUGCUGGCGGUGCCUCUAGUGGAGUUCGGGUUCGCGGGCCUUCCCGGGUUGCUUUGCCAAACAGGUCUCGGUGGGCAGGGUUCCGGUCUGCCAGGUAGGCUGCCGCUUCCCAUGCGGUGCAAUGCGCUCCGCAACGACGUCCAACCGUCAUCUGCUGCCGCCGUCGUAGAGGCCUGCGGCGAGGCAAACACCCUGGAGCGGCCCCACAAGUCUGCGGGAACCACAAGUCCGCCCCCAGGGGCCGUUGACGGCGGCUGCAACGACGGCCCCGUUUUGUCCGAUGGGGCCGCAGCCGCCGAUGGUGAGGCAGCAGCGGUGGUGGCGGCGUCCUCCGCCGUUGCCGCUGCCGAUGACGAUGAUGAUGGCGACUCUGCUGUCUCGCGGCGACGCUGCUCAUUUGAGAGGUUGUUCUCCAAAGCCUAA